UACACAUAUCAACCCAUCAAUCUCUAUCUACAAUGGCAAUAAGACAUGCAAUCGUUGCAGUACUUCUUUUUGUGAUCAGCAUAGCAACUCUUGUACAGGCUUCAACAGAAGUGGAUUGUCCUAAGCAGAUCAAACAACAAUCUAUGCAAUACUGUCACAUGUUCUUAUCGAGGAUUGAGACUACUACUGCCAUGAAACAAGAAGAGCAAAAGCCACAUGACUCACUUCUACAACGUUGUUGUCAACAACUUGGGAAGCUAGAUGAGUCAUGUCGAUGCAUGGAGAUACGAGAAUUUGUGCGUGUACAACAACGAGGAACAGUUUGGGAUGCUUCACGCAUGAAGCGGCUAUUGCAAGAAGCUCCAAAUCUGCCAAAAAUAUGCAAAUUAGGACCUACAUUUUGUAAAAUUUAAUCAACCAGUCGGUUUAUAACUACACUUGAAUAUGAUGUUGUUUGUAUGAUCUGUUUAGUUGACAGAUUAAAUUAAUUACACAAAACUAUGUAAGUCAUCUUGUCAUUGACAAGACAUGUUUGCUAAAAUAUAUCAAUAAACGAGUGACCAAAGUUUCAUGU